UAAAGCCGAGCAGAUAAGCAGAAAACACAGAGACAGAGGACGAUCAGUUCAGACAUUACAGUCGGAGACAUGGAGGGGAUUUAUUCACAAUUCACUGUGAGGACGUGUUUCAGCUUUUUACUUCUGAUUCUGCUCCAAACAUCCACUGAGGCCCAGAUUUGUUCUGCUCCUCUAAACGUUGAUUUUGCAGAAAACCAGGCGGCUGGUGUUGAUGUUGUGACAAUCACUGCCCAAUCAACGAUAACCCUCGCUUUCACAUCGCCAGCCACUGACAACCCAUUCAGGCUCGAAGGACACAAGUUGAAAUCCAAUAGGGUGUUUGACCUUGAGUCGGAGACGGAAUCGAAAAUUCAUACAGUCAACAUCGCCUGCACUGACCCCGCCUCCAGCAUUACGGUAAAACCAUCCACUCAGUAUAUUAUAAACAAUAUAAUGAAGUCAAUAACAAAAUAUGUGUCUCUUGGUUUCCAGUUGGGCAUCGUCAUUGUUGUAAUUCUGAAGGAUGUGAAUGAUAAUCCUCCAACCUUUGAUAUGAACCCCUACAAUAUCACCGUCGAAGAGAUGUCUCCUGUAGACAAAUCAGUGGGCAACUUCCCUGCCAUAGAUUUAGACGAAACUUCAGAAAUCUUCUACUCACUGACGUCGGACUCGAAUGCAUUCAAACUAGCGUCUUCUAGAAGCGCUGUUCUCCUCGUUGAGACACCUCUGGAAUACGACAAAGUCAAAAAUGUCCAGCUGAUAUUAAGAGCCCAGGACACACCGUUGACAGGAGGAAGUGGCGGUGUUUCUCACACUGCUACCACCACCAUCAAUGUUGCCAUCACGGAUGUGGAUAACAGACCGCCGUGGUUCCAGCCAUGCACCAUGCACAACAUGGACGGGACUCUGAUCUGCCAGAGCGCAGGCUACACCGGGAGGGUUGUCUUAAAUGAACAAGAGAUUGGUGCAUUGCCCCUGAAACCAGGACCACUUAAGGCCAUCGAUGGAGACUCUGGGAUAAAUGAGGAGAUAACAUAUUCCUUUGUGGGCGGAGAAGAUGGUGGCGGUCUAUUUGCAAUAGACUUAAACACAGGACUCAUCACCAUGCUGAAGCCGGCCGACGUGGUGGGGACAAUCAGUCUGACUGUGCUGGCUGCCCAGAAGACGAACAGAUUUCAGUUUGCGACCACUUCUGUCACAAUAAGUGUUCAGGUGAAGAGUCUCCACGCUCCACGGUUUCAAAGGCCUCAGUAUGAAGCUGUCGUCUCUUCAGUGGGGGCCAUGGCGAUGGACUCCAACAACACAGACGAUCUGCUGCACAUCCUCGCCACAGACGAUGACUACAUUGCCGCUGGGGGUCUAAAUCCCUACAUCACCUACUCCAUAACUGGCAGCACUGAUUUCUCGGUUAUUAACGGAUAUUUAUUCAUGACUAAGCAGCUCGCAGACUCCACAUUGUCUCUGCAGAUCGUGGCUACAGAUACAUCUAAUGACGAGACAGCUGUAGCUCAGCUGUCAAUGGAGGUGAAAUCAGGUCUCACCACCACCAGUUUACCUCUGAGCACUACAGACAGUACGGCCACGCCGUCUGUAGGGGAAUCAACCACAAACAGCCAGACCACUGAAGAUACCGUGCCAACCACCAACCCCGCCACAACUGGCCAAAGCACCAUCUCCGUCACUUCCUCCAGUGUGACCAGUGAGGGAGGCAUCUCGACAGCCAGCUCACCUCACCCUGCAACAGUGAUCAUACCGUCUGGUGGCUAUGGGCCAGCAGACAUGGCAGCGCUUGGUGCAACGCUGGGUGUCCUUCUGUUCAUCUGUCUGGUUGUCAUCGUGGUAUUUGCCCUUCGCAUCCAGAGGGAAAAAACAGACUGGAAAAAGAUCCAUGAAACCAGCACGUUCCGAAGCACAAUGGGUCAAGGUUCAGGCAGUCCAAAGGAGGGUAUGCAGUACACCAAUGACGCCUUCAUUGACGAUGAAGGCGGAGACAGCCCAGAGGUGGGAAAGAAGAUGGCGGGCGAAGAGCCACAGAAAGCUUCUGGGGACUUAAUGCUUGAAGAAGCCAUUGUGAAGUCCACAGUGCCGCUCCAUGCCCUUUUGGGUGGCGAUGCCAUCCAGGAAGAGUCAGACAAGGACGACAACGAUAAGGAGAUGAAGCCCAUCCUGACCAGAGAGAAACGCAUGGAUGACGGGUACAAAUCAGUCUGGUUUAAGGAGGACAUUGAUCCAGACGCCAAAGAGGAGGUGGUGAUUAUCCCAGACAGCAGAGAGGACGACAGCGAGGACGAAGAAGAGGAAGAACAGUCAUCCAGCAGCAGAGAAGAGAACGACGACGAUGACGAUGACAACCUCGGCGUGAAAACCCCAAGAGUAGUCUUCAACGAUGCAGAUCUUGACAGUGGACUUGGUGUGAGGAUCGAGGAUCCAGCAGAGGACUCAGAGGGGGGAGAGAGGGUGACUUAUGAUCUGUGAAAUAGGCACUAAAUGGGACACGAGAGCACACAGCUGGAGCCACCUAUAAUCAAAUUGUAAAUCUUGUU